ACAGCGGGCUCAAAUUUGAUGAGCUCCGUGUUGUGGUUUUGAUUUUUACACUUCUUUCCAAAAGAUGCCUUUUUGGACAAGAAAUAGUGUGUUUGAUCACAGAACAACAUGGGAGCUAUUUAAGUUGGAUGGAGGCAUGCGUGCGUAGAGUACUGAUUGCUGAUAAGUUGGUGAUUUUCAAGGCAAGGCACAAGACAGACUUCAUUUUGUCCUAAAUUCUAUCGGAUUUCAGACUGAUUGUGUGAACUUACUACAAAAAUGCGUUUAAAAACGAAAGGAGUCAUUCUUACCAUCGUGCUUCUCGCUGCACUUUUAGUCUUUGUCGGCUCACAGAUCUGGUCGACUUUACGGACAAUGAAAUAUCAUCCAACAAGAGGCGGACAUGUCGACGAUGUCACUUCUGAUGCUAUUCGAGUCACAAAACACAUGCAAUUUCCUCAAAAUACCGCACCUAAAUGCCGAAUGCACUCUUGUUUUGAUAUAUAUCGGUGCAGAUUUAACGAGAAUAGCCUUAUUAGUGUUUACGUCUACCCAUAUUCGACAUUUUUGAAUGAAAAAGAAAGAACUCUCAAUUUGAAACCCAUUUCUGUGCAUUUUGAUGAGAUGUUGACAGCUAUCAAGGAAAGUAGUUAUUACACAGAUGACAAAGACAAAGCAUGUAUUAUCAUACCACCUCUUGAUACACUCAAUCAAAAUGGCAUGGAUUUAAAAGCAACAGCCCAGGCGCUAGCUGCCUUAGAGACAUGGAAGUACUCAGGUCAGAAUCACUUAAUAUUCAACAUGCUACCUGGAGGCCCCCCUGACUUUAACUCAAUCCUGGAUGUUCCUCUCGGCAAAGCCAUUCAGGCAGGGGGAGGCAUGUCCACGCAGACCUACCGACCUGGCUUUGAUGUCAGUAUCCCCGUCUUCAAUGCACUCACUGUGAAACACAGGGCAGCUCCAAGAAACAGGCAGAGUAAAUGGCAGGUCAUAUCCACCCAAGUGAACAUCCAUGAAGAGUUCAGGAAGAGUGUUGAUAAGCUGGCCUCUCAGAGUCAUGAGUAUCUCGUGCUGGGUCUUUGUCCCAAGCCUCAUACAGUGAGCAAGAGGUGUAGAGGCAAGAAGAUGUACGAUUACCCCCAUAUCAUGCAGAGGGCUACAUUUUGUCUUGUUAUAAGAGGUGCUAGACUUGGACAAACUGCUUUACUGGAUUCUCUGAUGAUGGGCUGUAUUCCCAUAGUGGUUAGUGAUGACUAUGUUUUGCCAUUUUCUGAAGUACUGGACUGGAAAAGGGCAGCUGUGGUUGUAUCUGAGAAUGAAAUUGACAGGAUUCCCCUCAUUCUUAAGGACUACUCACAAAAUCAGAUCAAAGACAUGAGACUGCAGGGGAAGUUCAUGUGGGAGAACUACUUCAGUUCUAUGGGUAAAAUUGCCUUGACAACACUGAGAGUGAUCAAUGACCGGGUGUACAAGCACCACGCAUGCAUGUAUGAGGAUUGGAAUGCACCAUACCUGACUUCAAAGGGAGAUACAUCAUCAUCCGUUGGCCCGCCUCUGUUUUUGCCACUGAUCCCUCCUCGGUCCCAGGGAUUCACGGCAGUUGUACUCUCCUAUGAUAGGGUUGAUAUGAUGUUUAAAGUUCUUCGCAAGAUUGCAGACACACCUAGUCUGGCCAAGAUUGUUGUUGUCUGGAACAAUGUAAAGAAAGCCCCACCAUCUGUUUCCAAGUGGCCAAAGCUUCCAAAACCAGUCAAGGUCAUCCAGGCGAAAAGGAACCGUCUUAGCAACAGGUUUUACCCGUAUAGUGAGAUCGAGACAGAAGCGAUCCUUGCUAUUGAUGACGAUAUUCUCAUGCUCUCUACUGAUGAGCUGGAGUUUGGAUUUGAGGCAUGGCGGGAGUUCCCUGACCGUCUGGUUGGCUUCCCUGGCCGUAUCCAUCUGUACGAUAAUGCGAGCAAACUCAAGUAUGACUCGGAAUGGACCAAUGACGUGUCAAUGGUACUUACAGGAGUGGCAUUCCACCACAAGUACUUCAGCCAUUUGUUCACCUACAUGAUGCCGUAUCACGUGCGCUCUUGGGUGGACUCCCACAUGAAUUGCGAGGACAUCGCCAUGAACUUUAUGAUUGCCAAUUACACGGGCAAGGCGCCCAUAAAGGUGACCUCCAGAAAGCGAUUUCGUUGCGCGGACUGUACUUCGGACUCCCUGUGGGCCGACCCAGGCCACUUUGCGGAGCGCUCUGACUGUUUGAAUGAGUUCGUGCGUGCUUACGGAGGGAAGGUCCCGCUAAAGACAGUGGAAUUCAGGGCGGAUCCUCUGUUGUUCAGAGAAAAGCUUCCAGAUAGGAUCAAGAUGUACCGAAAUAUUGGAACAGUAUAAUAAUAUUAAUAUAUUUUGUACAUAGAAAGGCUACGCUAAUUGUAGCUUACGUAGCAAGCCCAAAGGAUUGGGGAAGAAGAAAGAUGAAAAGGAGGCGCUUCAUUCGCUCCAUUAUUUCCAAGCGCGCAGGUCUAUCAUUCAUCUUCCCCAAGUCCUUUGCCCUUACUACUGAGGCUACGCUGAUUGAUGACUCAAUGAACUAAUCAUUUGUGUGUAAUACAUAAUUCAGGCCCAUACCCAGGGGGGGGUGCAGGGGGUGGGAACGCACCCCCCCCCCCCCCCCACAACGGCCGAAAGUCCACUUUUUGUUCUCAAUAGACGGUAUACAAAACUAUAAAUCAUAAGCUAGAUCACUCUGGUAUGUAGCCAAAUCUGUUAAUAAACGUCACAUGGAAAUACUGAAAA